UCCCUGAAGCCUUCAGCCACCUGCUCCCUGGGACUCCGUGGGACUCCGGCUUCCUCUGCAUCCCGACAUGGCGCUGACUUGGGCCCUCGUGGUUCUCAGCCUCCUUCCUCUGGUGGGCGCUGAGAGCUCGGAGUGCGCCAACAUGACAGGGACGCCCAUCACCAAUGCUACUCUGGAGAUGAUCAGUGGCAAGUGGUUCUACAUCGCCUCCGCCUUCCGCCUCCCCGAGUUUAUUGAGUGGGCCAAGGCGGUCCCCUCGGCUGUUGUGUACUUGACCCCGAACCAGACUGAGAACGUCGUCUACUUCCGAGAAUACAUAACCUUUGCCACCGAGGGCAAGUGCCUCUACAACUCCAGCUACAUGGACAUCCAGAAGGAGAAUGGGACCUUUUCCAGGACCGAAAUGAACGUCUAUUACUUAGCCUACCUGAUACACACCAAGGACCCCGCGACCUUCAUCUUUGCUUACUUCCCAGAAGACAAGCAGAAGAUAGGGCUGUCUCUCUACGCUAACACUUCACAAGUGACCCCUGAGCAGAUGAGCGAGUUCCAUGAGGCCUCCAAGUGCCUGGGCUUUGAGGUGUCAGAAAUCAUCACCACCGACGAGACAAAGAGCCUGUGUGGGCCCCUGGAGCAGCAGCACGAGGAGGAGAGGAAGAAGAAACUCGAGGAAGCAGCACAGGCUUAGAGCCUGGCGACUCGGUGGCACCUUCGUGGCUCUUUCCUCCAAGUUGUCAAUAAAGCGUCUCCUCUGA